GUUGUGAACAAAACUCUUUCGUGAACAGAUCUAAAAUUGAGUUUUUUAUUGUGUAACAACAAAAAAAAGCAAGAGAAAAAAUCAAUUCGGGUUUAAUUGUGUAUUUUUACUCUAAUAUUUUUAUUUUUUGAAUCAUGUACACGAUAUCAAAGGCUCCAAGCAAGUUAGUAGCAACAAAAACACGUCGAGGACUCCCACAAAAUUUUGAAAAAAUCGAGACAAUACGUGAAUUAAGCAAGAAAAGUGCCAGUGAUAACAAUAAUGAUUUCAGUGUACCUAAACCAGUUUUUCAAACAUCAAGAAAGUCACAUAACUACCUAAAGUCUCAUCAUCAUCACCACCAGCACCAAGAAUCGCUUAGCCCGCAGCACGAAGAACUUGCACGAUUCAUGAACGAUUCAUGGAAAAUGGUGAUAGCAGAAAACCCUUACGAUGCUCCUGAUUCACCAGACUCAAGCUCAACUUGCUCCCUUUCAUCGUCAACAUCAUCGUCGAGUUCUUACAGCUAUUAUGUUGAUCAACCAAGUCCUCUUCAGGAUUUCAAGCCAUUCGAUCUCGAGUCAUGGUGGGGACGUCGUUUAUAUCAAAACAUCACAAAGAGUCUGUAAAUUUGCAACAAAAUGUGUGUUGAAGCAAGAAACAUGAGUGAAAUUAAUUGAUGAUCAUCUCUUGAUAUCACUAAAUUCUUUUUAAAAGCAACUCAUAAGAGAAACGUGGAGUUUUCCUUUUAUACAAAAGUCUGAUAGGUGAAUAGUGCUAAUGCAAAUAAUUUAGAAAAUAUUAAUUGUUAAGAACGGAAAAUGUUUCAUUCACAAAAAGCAAAAAGAAAGAAAUCGUUAAUGAGUUCUUGAUAACUUUUAUUGUUUUUCUUUUCGAAGUUAAAUUACCUAAAUCUUCAGCUAAAAUUUUCUCUCCGAAAUAUCCAAAAAUAAGACGAAUUAAAGCGUUGAUUCCUGGCCUCAAUAAGUUAACAUUUCCUUGUCUUCAAUACAACAUGAACUCAGCGCAUUAUUCACUCAGGUUCAACUGCAAUGAUAUUAAAUACGAAUCGUAACAAAUUGCACAAAUUUUUCAUUUUCUGACUAACAAAAUUUGCAACAAACUUAAAUCGUGAUGAAAAACGAGUCUUUUAGUAGUUUUCAUUAUGUUACUGAAAGCUUUUCAUCUCAUUUAAAUGAAAUUCGAUCCGAAAGGUAGAAACAACGUUGUGAUUUGAGUGGAAUGAACGAGAGAGAAAUGAAAUUGAUAUUCAUGUCGACAAGCGCUUAUCUUUUAAAUCUUCUAAUAUAUUUAAAACAGCUGGAACAUGAGGAAAUUUAUAGAACAAUUGUUGGUUAUUAAUUUCCUUAAAAUAUGUAACGAUGUUGAGCUGAGCGAGAGAUGAUUGAGGUUUCUGUUCAAACCAAAAGAAAACUAAAUAAAAAACUUUUCUAG